AUGGCUCUGGCAAUGAAGGAGUUGGAGCAAAGCCUCCGCCCGGCGGUGCCUUGUACGGACCUCGUCAGCAAGGAGCCGAGAGGUUGGCGUGCAAUCGAAGGGCAGACUGCGGUGGAGGCAUUGCAUCGGACCGACGAGUGGCGGGAGCAGUACCAGCUCGUGCAAAAGGAUGGCCUUGCCUUGCAAAAUGCACCGUCGAGCAUGCGCGGAGACCGAGAGCUGGUUGCCGAAGCUUGCUGGGCAAAUGGUCUAGCGCUGCAGCAUGCGCCGCCCGAGUUACGGAAUGACUGGGAGGUCGUCAUGUGCGCAGUUUCCAAGAGUGGCAAUGCGCUGAUGUGGGCUUCCUCGGAGCUCCAGGCGGACCGGGAGGUUGUCCUCAAGGCCGUCGAGGAGAACGGUGGGGCUCUGGAGUAUGCCGCGCAGGAGCUCCGAUCGGACCGUGGCAUCGUCUUGACCGCCGUCCGACAGCGCGGUGCGGCGCUUCGCUAUGCGUCCGAGGAGCUCCGGGCAGACCGGGAGAUUGUUCUCGCCGCUGCGCGCCAGAGCAAGCGCUCCCUCAUGUAUGCGGCAGAUGUCUUGAAGAAGGACCCUGCCUUCAUCCAAGAAGCUUCCAAUCAGAAGCCGCUGCCUCCUACGGUGGCGAGUGAGCUGCCGGCUGGUCGCGUGGAUCCGACCGGGCCAUACGGCCCCGGCCUGUAG